GUUCCCAGGCCAGGCCACCACAGGGGUCCACGCCUGAUCCUUUAAGCACUCGGCCACCAGGGCGCUCUGGGAACUCGCCUGCCAGCUGCACAGAGUAUGGGGCUUCCUCCUCGCCUGCCCCCGCCUAUGCUUCCGCCACCGCGGUCAAGGGGGGGUCAAGGGAGCGGGGUUCCUCCGCCAGCGCUGGCAUCAGAGACUUUCUCAAGGACGGAGAGCAAGUGUCCCAUGCCCCCCUUUGACUCCAGUCCCCGAGAGGGUUAGAUGCUCACAGGCCGCUGUCCUGUUCAUUCCGUCAUCCAUCCCCACGUCUCUCACGCGCGCGCGGGCGCGCGGAGGGACGACCAGCCCCAUCUUUCAGGCCUCGUGCUUCCCCCACCGCCGACUGACCACCCCCCCACCCCCGCUUUCCUGCUGGGACCAGGGGUUCGGGGAGGGACAGGGAGCCAGCAGCCUGGGCCCGGCCAUGCUCGCUGCCCGGGACCCUCGGCGGGGCCUCCUUCGGGAAGUAGAAGCGAUCAACCCCCGGGGCCGCGCAGCGCCGGCAGCGCCCGGGUGCCCAGUUCCUCUUUUGAGGUCGGUCACUUUCAGACCUCGGCCCCGGGCUUCCUGUUGGGGCUUCCUCUCACUCCCGUGAGACGCCAAGGCCCCAUGACUCUGUCCCUCCGCGAUGUGGCCGCUGCUGCUGCUGCCGCUGCUGCCGCUGCUGUGGGCAGGGUCCCUGGCUCUGCACCUGAGCUACUGGCUGGACGUGCAGGGGACCGUGACGGUGCAGGAGGGCUUGUGUGUCCGCGUGCCCUGCUCCUUCUUCCAUUCUUGGAUCUACUGGUCUGCGCCUGUUCACGGCUACUGGUUCCGCCAAGGGCCGCAUUCCUCCUGGGACACCCUCGUGGCCACAAACAACCCAGCUCGUAAAGUGCGGGAGGAGACCCGAGGCCGAUUCCGCCUCCACGGGGACACGCGGAACAAGAGCUGCUCCCUGGACAUCAGAGACGCACAGACGAGGGACACCGGGACAUACUUCUUCAGGGUGGAGGGCAGUCCUAACGUGGGACAUAACUACAUAGAGAACAAGCUCUCUGUGCGGGUGACGGCUCUGACCCAGACACCUGACAUCCGGGUCCAGGGGACCCUGGAAUCUGGCCGCCCCGGGACCAUCACCUGUGCCCCGCCCGCGGCCUGUGACUGGGGCACCCCCCCCACCUUCUCCUGGACGCAGGCCGCCCUCCGCUCCCUGGGGUCCCAGCUCCCCCACUCCUCAGUGCUGACCUUCACCCCGGGGCCCGGGGACCACGGCACUGACCUCACAUGUCGAGUGACCUUCCCCGGAGCUGGAGCUGGCGUGAGCUCCCAGAGCACCAUCAGGCUGAACGUGUCAUAUGGGCCCCAGAAGUCGCCGACCAUCAGCAUGACACGGAAAGAAGGUACAGGACCUGAAACUCUGGGCAACAGCCCAGCUCUUCCAGCCCAGGAGGGCCAGUGUCUGCGCCUGCUCUGUGCUGCCGACAGCAACCCUCCUGCCCUGAUAAGCUGGUUCCGGGGGAGCCUGCCUCUGAGCCCCUCAAAUUCCUUUAACUCCGGGGUCCUGGACCUGCCCCGGGUAGAACUCGGGGAUCAUGGGAAAUACAUCUGCCGAGCUCACCACCCACUGGGCUCCAGGGAAAGCUCCCUGACCCUCCUGGUGAAAAAACCCCCGCAGCUACUGGGUCCUUCCUGCUCCUGGGAGGAUGAGAGUCUGCACUGCUGCUGCUCUGCUCAAUCCCAGCUGGUCCCGUCCCUGCGCUGGCGGCUGCGGGAGGAGCUGCUGGACGGCAACCUCAGCAACGCCUCCUUCAAGGUCACCUCCAGCUCUGCUGGGCCCUGGGCCAACAGCUCCCUGAGCCUCCACGAGGGUCUGGGCUCCAACCUCAGGCUCAGCUGCGAGGCCCAAAAUGCCCACGGGAAACAGAGCGGGACGAUUCUGUUGCUGCCAAGUCCGGGGGCCGGGAGACCAGGAGCCAGGAGCGGUGUGGUUCUGGGGGCCCUGGGGGGAGUUGCUGUCACCAUCCUGCUGGCUCUCUGCCUCUGCGUCACCUUCUUCGUCGUUAGAAUCUACCGCAGGAAGUUGGCGGAGAAGGCGUCGAACCCGGACAGCAACGAUCCCGCUUUGAGCCCGGUCUCUAAGGGUCACCUCAAUGAACCCUGCGCAGGCAGCCCCUCGGACCAGGGGAGCCCCACUCUGGCUGACUCCGCCUCGGACAAGGAGGAGCUCCACUAUGCCACCCUCAAGUUCCACGUGCGGAAGUCACAGAACUCUCAGGACCAGGAGGCCGAGUACUCAGAGAUCCAUUUUGGGCCCUAAGGCCCUGCCCCGCCCCCGGGAGCUGGCAGGAGCCUGGCAAAAAUGCCGCCCUGAGACAAAUGCGUGUCAGGCAGCGGUUCUGGAAGACUCGCCGGCCCUCUGAGCCAGAGCUUCUCCGUGAGAGCGUCAAGUUCCUGGGAGUGGCUGCAGGUCGCAGUUAGAGAGUCCCGGGUUCAAAUUGCUCGUGAUGUGGUAUCAGGCAAGCCCCUUUACCUCUCUGUGCCUCAGUUUCCUUCUCUAUAAAAUGGGGAGACAGUCUAUUCAAUAGAUGGUUCAGUGGGAAAACUGCAUUGUUGAUCUGUUAAGUUGGCCUCAGGAUGGAGGGGGACUUAGCUCUUGGCGCUCUCAUGUACUUCUAUUUGAUGAUGCUUAAGAUCAUGUA